UAUUCUCAAUCCCAGUUGAUAUACACACACGUACACAUAGACAAGGUUCACGUUUCCCCGGUCUGAGCAUCAUUUCUUUUUCUUUUAUUUUCUUGGGUUUGAUUUUGAGAUUUGCUAGAUCGUAACAGAGAAAAUAAGUUCCUGCACUUGAUGCUCCCAUUUUUGUAAUUCCAUCCUUCUAGCAGAUUCAAUGUCCAGCUGGUGCACAUUGCCGGUACCAUCGAAAAAUUGUGAAAAUAGAGCUUUGUUCAAAAUACCCGAAAGAAGGGACUGUUAGUUCUGUUAGUUUUGAUAGCUCAUGGAAUCUAGCAUAGUUGAUUCAAAAAAUAAUCCCAGGCACCGUCCUCUAACUCCGCCUAGAAUACUGAGGGGCGUUCUUUGUUUGAUUGUGUUAGUUUUAACAGCAUUUAUAUUGUUGGUGUAUUUUGGCUUUUGGACAGCAGUUGUCUUGAGGUUUUUCAGCGUACACUACAGCAGGACCGCAACGGCAUUCUUUUUUGGAAGUUGGAUAGCCUUGUGGCCUUUUCUAUUUGAGAUAAUCAACCAGACUAAAGUGAUUUUCUCAGGAGACUGUGUUCCGGCUAAAGAACGUGUUUUGCUUAUUGCAAACCAUAGAACUGAGGUAGACUGGAUGUAUUUAUGGGAUCUUGCAUUGCGAAAGGGGCGUGAGGGUUACAUAAAGUAUAUCCUUAAGAGCAGUUUGAUGAAAUUACCAGUAUUUGGUUGGGUUUUUCAUAUAAUGGAGUUCAUUCCUGUAGAGAGGAAAUGGGAGGCCGAUGAAUCAACCAUGCGCCAGAUGCUGUUAACCUUCAAUGAUCCACAGGACCCUCUUUGGCUUGCUGUUUUCCCAGAAGGCACAGAUUUCACGGAACAAAAGUGCUUACGCAGUCAAAAGUAUGCUUCUGAGCAUGGACUCCCUGUUCUGAAGAAUGUGCUUCUUCCAAAGACAAAGGGGUUUUAUGCAUGUUUGGAGAGUUUAAAGGGCUCAUUGGAUGCAGUUUACGACAUCACAAUUGGAUACAGACACCGUAGCCCAACUUUCUUGGAUAAUGCCUUUGGAGUUGACCCCUCUGAAGUUCAUAUCCAUGUUCGGCGUGUUCCCCUUAGAGACAUUCCGACUUCAGAAGACCAGGUAGCUUCAUGGUUGAUGAAUACAUUCAGCCUCAAAGAUCAAAUGCUGUCAGAUUUUUAUUCAAAAGGCCAUUUCCCUCGUGAAGGAAUAGAAGGGGGCCUGUCUACCAUGAAGUGUGUAGUGAACAUUGUUCUUGUAAUCAUCUUGACUGGAACAUGUACAUUUCUCACCUUUUUCUCUUCCAUCUGGUUCAAAAUUUAUGUCUCUCUAGUCUGCGCAUAUUUGGCUUCGGCCACUUAUUUUCAUAUUUGGCCAUCGCCCAUUUUGUCUUUGUGAAUGAUGGCUCCCUUAUCAUGAACGAACAAGAUUUUCGUGUUGUAAUCUAAUGUAUUAUUUCUAGAUCCUGAACUUGCUGUGU